CUGAAAUCUUCUGAAAUUGAGGUAUUCCGUAUGUCGUCAACUUGUAUGGCAGCGUGCUCCUAAGGUUCUCAACAGUUGGGGCUAAGACAGACUGCCGGUCGAGAGUGUUCGAGAACAUGAACUGAUAACCUCCAAGAUCAUCAAUUUACUAAGAGUUAUAUGCCAUGUUACCAACUGAGAACCUUCAACAGAACUAACUUUUCACUUGAGGUUUUAGUGUCACAUCAACUCUCCUCAGUCGCAAUUUUGUAUCCUACGAAUUUAAUAUAAUUUGGACAGAUUACAUCCUUCGAAAUUUCUCAUCAUAGAAAAAUAAAGCUUCAAAAUUGUAAUUAUGGAUUAGAUCAAGUCUAUGGCUUUGUCGUCAUUGAUGCAGUGACAGCCAGUGAGGAAAUUUGAACAGUUACACCACCAUUAAGGAUGUUUCCGACUCCCCUCAGAAUGACUUUGGACGUGUUACUUCGUUGAAUCGCUUUCAGUGAUGAGGUUAGAAAUAAAGUGCGGGGGAAAAAAUCGCUGAGGGAGCAACCACAUCAGUAAAAUAACUUCAUCGACCUUUUAAAGGAACACAGUGAACUGUUCAUCCAAAGAAAAUGGAAGAUACUUGACCUAAAUAUUCUGCUCCUGGCAGAAUGUUUUCCGAGCUGCUUUCACCAGGUGCAAUAUUCAUCUUCACAUAUUAUAUCAUAAGUAAACCAAAGAUCCGCCAUGUCUGCUUCCGGCGAUUCCCAAGCAUACUACAAGAAACGCCUCGACAAGUUCAAAUCCCGGUCGACCCGGAUCUUCAACCGCGCCCAGAACCUGAACCGAACCUUGGACCGGCAGCUGGACUCGGCGGUCAAGAGCCUGGCGACCAGUCGUGACGUCAGCAUCCGUCGCGACCAGGAGAAGAUAUGGAUGGUGACGGGGGCGGGGCUUCACGCGCCAAAGUACUCCAACGCCAAGGAUGAGGUGCCUUCGUAUCUUGGGAAACAAGCGCAUGCGACUCUGCCGACCCCUCAGGAGCUUAGCUCGCUCUUGCCGAACAAGAAGGCGAAGGAGAGGACACAAUCAGCGGGCAAUUACCAGCAGCUCUCCAGGAGAAGGUUGUCUUCCAUGCAGUCGGUGGAUCUGAAUAUCAUUCAUUACCGCAGAGCCCUGGAGAGUAUGCGAGAGAAAGAAAUAUUGCCACUUUAUAGCGAGAUUAUUCACGAGAAGGAAGGUGAAGAGGAAGUUGAUGGUGUAGGCGGAGGUGGUGAACAAUGGGCCACGACUAUCCCUACUAAUAUAAGACCUAACACGGCCAUACCUGCGUCAUCGAGCAGUAGAACUAGUCAGCCAGAGCGACCAAAGACAUCAAUACCUGACGCAGCCAGGCGCAAGAAACGUGAGUCCACUCCGAACGCAACGGCCUUGAUGAUCGCACAAGCGCAGGAUCCGAACAACAAGGUCCUCAGGACAAACUUCCUAGAUAUGUACAAGACGCAGAUGGUGAAGCAACAGAGAAAGAUGUCCGCAAUGAAGGAGAAGCGCGCACCAAAGGCGACAUCGACUACAGGUGACGCUACCGAACAGAGACCGCGCACCGCUGGCCCGCCGAUCACCGAGGAAAACGAAGACGACGAACGAAGCCAAAGUGCUGGGUUCAUGGCGGAUACGUCUACUUCCAGUAAGCGUCGAGGUCUCCGUCAGAGGCUCAGGCGGACCAGCAUGGCGGCGGUUGCCGGUAUGAACAGCCUUCAUGGCGAGGUCAAGAGCCUCCAGAGCUUCCGGAAGUUCAAGAGGGAGAGCCUGAAUGUCCUGGAGAAUGAUAUCCCCAACAUUGAGAAUCUUGAAGAAGGGGAGUUGUUCGAUGAGAUGAGGAAGUGUCGGUACAUCCGGUGGGGGGAUGAUGAGGAGAAGGUCGAGAAGUUGAACGAAGACCAACCACUCAUCAACCACAUGAAGAAGUUAUCUAUUGAUACCACCAAGAAACCUAAACGAUUCCUCAAGAAACUUAAUGAACAUCAUGAGCCAGGAACUCGAUGAUUGAUCCUCUCAUUUCAACCCAUGGGAGCAUUGGAAACUACUUUUUAAAAAUCUACUUAAAGGGAUAGUUGAGUUCUGCUUUCAGACCGCAAAUGCCUUCA